GUGGUGGGUUUCCUGCGCUAUGAUUGGGCGAUGCGGUCUACUGUGCGGAGCAGUACGGAGUUGUCCGUACCUUCGGUGAUUCCACAGCGCUGCAACUUACGGCAUCCUCCAUGAACCAAACAUCGCCCGCCCAGUAACUUCGACUGCCUCAUCCUCAACGCUACUCUCACGGCGGAUCCGCUGCGAAACGGGACAAGAAUGUCGGAAAACGCGGCUCCUGCGGGGGCGGGCGUCAAACCGGCCGGCCCGAACGGAGUGGGCGACGGGGCGGCCACGGCGGGCAUUCCAUUCUAUGAAAAGGAGCGGCAGCAUCUCAAAAGCCUGAUUGCGCAGCGCAGAGCGCUCGAAAAGAGACUGGCCGCAACCGAAGAGCACAUCCUCGCCAAGGAAACCGAGUACCUCGAAAGCACGCCCAGCGGGAAUAUCAUCACCGGAUUUGACAACUACACCAAGGGCACGACGGCGGCUGCCGCGCAGAGACGCAAGGCGGGGCCGGCGGAUCAGCACCGGGUGUUUUCGCGGAGCUCAAUAUCAUACAACGCAGCUGCGGCGGACGCCCAGACGCCCGCCUCAACGCCGGCCUCGCACGCGCCGACGCCCGUGUCGAGUAGUUUUGGGAACAACAGGGACGGUGCGUCGAGCGCGGCCACGCCGGCGAGUGCCGCAGGUGGCGGCGGGAGGGCGAAUACGACGAAGAAGACCAAGAAGAGCGGUGCGGCGGCCGUGGCGGCGGCCGCGGAGGACAGUGAGACGGACGGGAGGGAGACGAAGAAGGUCAGGACGAGCUUCGGGGCUAGGAAAUGACGUGGUUCGCGCGAGCUUGAUUUCUGUUGCUUCCUGUUCUUCGGCUGGGGAUAACGGCGUUUGGGUGGCGGGUGGGUUAUAGACGGCACCGGGACAAUGGCUUUGG